AGAUGUCCAUUCUCUAGUACUAAAUCACUUCUCGAGGCCCUUGGAUCCCUGAGAGAGAAGAGGAGCGAACGGAUUACCCCCCUUCACCACGUCACAUCCGUCCUGCCAGAGAAGGGGGCUGGGCUUGACAGUAGCAGAGCGAUUGAACGAGCUCCAGCAAGAGAACAGAAGUGCGCACACCGAGCUAGAGCGGCAGCCCCAGUGCGAGCGAGAGAGAAGCGUCUGUAAUCCCCCCCCUUCAGUGAUCAUGUGUCAGAACAGAAGCCUUCAGCGGGCGGCAGCGCAGAGCUCAGGGAAAUGGUGAGAUGCUGCAGGUCUUUGCAUAGCCCUCCGUCUUGCUACAAUCUCCACAGAGUUAGGGUUGAUGUGCGCCGGCUCCGGACGAUCAGCUCCACAGGAGCCGCCGGGGAGCAGGGGGGAGGCAGCGACGGCAACGUCUCAGGCCACGGGGCCCAAGCACUCAGUCACAGGAACCGAUUCAGGUUGCAGUUCCCUCAGUUGGCCUUGCGGCGUCGUCUUGGCCAGUUGAGCUGCAUGUCCCGGCCCGUCUUGCGGCUGCGCUCAUGGCCGCUCAGCUUCCUCUACUACUUCCUGACCUUCGGCGCACUCAAGCCCCUGGCCAAGGUUGGCUGGAGACCAACAAGCAGAGUUGCUCUGUACAAGACCAUCCCAACACGGCUGCUUUCUCGGGCCUGGGGUCGCCUGAACCAGGUGGAACUACCGACCUGGCUGAGAAAGCCAGUCUACAGUCUGUAUAUCUGGACGUUUGGCGUCAACAUGCAGGAGGCGGCUGUGGAAGACCUAAUUCAGUACAGGAACCUGGGAGAGUUCUUUAGACGGAAACUCAAACCGGCUGUCCGGCCCGUGUGCAACUCGCACUGCGUGAUCAGCCCAGCAGACGGGAAGAUCCUGCACUUUGGGCGUGUGCGGAACUGUGAGGUGGAGCAAGUCAAAGGUGUCACCUACUCUUUGGAGACCUUCCUGGGACCCCACACCUGGGCUGAGGCCAUCAACUGCACCAUCAAGCCAUCAAAUGAAGAGGACCCCAGCUCAUUCCAGGACCUGCUGGUGACUAAAGAGGGGAAUGAGCUGUUCCACUGUGUGGUGUACCUGGCUCCAGGAGACUACCACUGCUUCCACUCCCCCACAGACUGGAGGGUGGCCCACAGAAGACACUUCCCUGGCUCUCUGAUGUCAGUGAACCCUGGCGUGGCUCGCUGGAUCAAAGAACUGUUCUGCCAUAACGAGAGAGUGGUGCUGAGCGGAGAGUGGACGCACGGCUUCUUCUCCCUCACCGCUGUAGGCGCCACCAAUGUGGGCUCCAUACGCAUCUACUUUGACAAGGAGCUUCGGACCAACAGCCCGCGCUACAGCAAAGGCUCAUACAACGACUUCAGCUACUUGUCUAACAACAACCAGGAGGGCGUGAGCAUGAGGAAAGGGGAGCACCUGGGAGAGUUCAACCUGGGCUCCACCAUCGUCCUGCUCUUCGAGGCUCCGCACGACUUCACCUUCAACCUGAAGGCCGGCCAGAAGAUCCGCUACGGAGAGCCCCUGGGGACUAUGUGAGCCAAGAUGGCUGAACCGAGAGAGACGCUUUCUGGGGGAAACGGACGAAACGAUAAGAAACUGAUGGACACGCUAACGUGCUUGUACAGAUCCAAGUGGAUUUGCGUGCGCCCACACUCGUUCAUACACUGACAUUCAGUACAUGUACUGUACAUUGAGAGGUGUUCAGCUACCACACGAUGCACUGACUGACUCACAGCAAAAACUCUUGCUUCACUAACAAGGGGGUCUGUUCCAGCGACUAGUUUCAAAUAACCAUUUACUUGUUUUGACAAUUGAUUAUGACCAGCAAAAGCAAGAUGGUUUACAGCAAUUAGUUACUUUUUAGUUCCGUAAGAAUAACAUAACACAUUAAAUUUUAUUAGCUUAUUUUAUUUUGAUACAUUUGACCCAUAUUGCCUUUUGUCAGGGGUCUCCUCGUCAAUGGAGAGUUCCUCUGAGGAGCAGCACUGAUUUUAAACAUCCGCUUAGUGCCGUGGAGCCCAACUCCCUUUGUCUGUUGGCCAUACGUCACAAACAGAUCUGGGACUAAGCUAGCGAGCAGCACUGAUUUUAAACAUCUGCUUAGUGCCGUGGAGCCCAACUCCCUUUGUCUGUUGGCCAUACGUCACAAACAGAUCUGGGACUAGGCUAGCGAGCAGCGAGACACAUCCACAAACACACAGGUAACCCCUGCCACACUAAGCCACUAUCAUGUGGGCAGGCUUCCCUAUAUAGUAUACACACCUACAGUAAACACACCACGAAGAAGGAAUGUACCAGAGACUAUAUACAGAGCUACCCUCCUUCUCUUUCCCUCCCUCCUUCACUCUGAUACUGAACGCCUUCCGCCUCUCCUUCUGUCUCUCAUACACUCUCCGUCCGCGCUGCUGGCUCUCCCUCUUCUGUCAUCCCCAGAGAAGGUACUUGUGUUGGGGUGAUUAUGUGGACUCAUCCCCCUUCCUGUCAUGUAGGUAAAGACUGGCACGAUUCCUCCCAGUCAAAUGUGUCUGGGUUGUAUUCAUUAGGCACCUGCAGGAAGUAAACUGUCUGAAACCAGCCAGGAGUACCUGGACUUGGUCCAAUAGGAACCUCUUAUUUUCAGUGUGAUGAAGAGAAAAAAAAUGUUUGCUACGGUGUGCCCUAAUGAAAACUUCCCUGUUGUAUUAAGCCCAUGGUGUACGACCUCUGCCAUCACAGCCAUGCAUUAUUCAUCAUCAUUAGAGGUUGCGCUGCCUGCUGCCAAUUAUUUCUCCUGUAACCCUAACCGUAAAUGACUGCUAGAAGGGGUGUGUCACAUUUUUAGAGUAGACAUUAACAUGUGAUGAUGACUUCAGUGAUUUCUGUGACGAUGAUUUACGAUGACGUGUGUUAAUCUAACCCAAUUCAUCAAUGGACUAAAUUCUGAUGUAUUCCUCUGAAUGGAGCCAUUUUAAUUCUGUGCUGGUAUACAGCCUUCUGACCAUCAUUACAAAACAAACCCAUGCCGAAGUGCAGCACUGGUGGUAGGAUCAUGGGAGAGAAUGUGCAAGCUGGUACUGGUAACUUACGUUUUGUCUUAUGUUCAGUUGAAUUGGAAUAAAUUGUUAAACUGGAAGUUAUCUGCCAGUGAUAAUAUUCAAAUAAGUUGGGCUAAACCUUUUUUUAAGACUAAAACUUGUGCUGAUAUCAAUACUAAUGAUUGUGACACCCUUCAGAUACCCAGGGCUGAGCUAUUUAAAGCUUUCUUUUUCCUGUGUUUGUUUUAGAUUUUCUAGUAGUGCCAAAAAUACUACGUGUUUUUUUGGGGUUGUUUUUCGAUGUAUUCACACACAAAAAAAUUGCUUUGAACAAAUGUAGACUUCAUGGUGCUUUUUGUGUUUCUGCUGCUGAACUAUUAGUCUGUUUUGAGGGGGGUCGCGGCCUCUUCUGACUCUGACCCUUCGGUCAAGGAAUUCUGACAUCUAGCGUACGCCGAGCGGUGGUCACAGACGUGAUGGACCGGGGAGAUGCCGGUGACAAACCCCUUAGCUACGUCGUCAUUCCACAAAUAGUGUUGCAUACAGAAACCAAACGCCAGGGUCACUGCCUGCUGCACACUUGUUUUUAUAUGUACAUUGUAAUAUACUUAAAUCAUGUGACUCAUUCAACACUGCAUAGACUUUAAUCUCACGUUGUUUUUUUUAGAUGCAGGAAAACAUGUCUAAUAAAUUUUGCCGUAUUCUUAAAAAAAAAAGAAAUGUUUGACAAGAAAAUAUGUACGUCACACAUUAUAGGAUUGGUGUUGAUCUCUGGAGCCCUGCUCAAUGUUAAUGUUAGAUGAGUGAUUUGAUUGGAGCACACGGGAAAAUGUCCCAAAGGACAUUGGUUCAUGGGAGCAAUGGUCUGCUAUGUAAAUUAGCUUGAGAUAGAAGUUACCCUAAACCACAGAUUUAGGAUCAAAUUCUCCUAUCCUAAUGUUGAUGGAUAUUUUUCCAAUAUUUACUCAAUGCACUCUGGGUUUUUACAAAGUGCAAGAUGAGCCAUUCCAUCAGAUUGCAUUAUUGGACAACUUGAUACUUACAGUUUGGAAGCUAAUUGAUUGCAUUUACCUAAAAUGUGAGACACCUAAUAAUUGUAAUAAGAUACUGUUAACAUGUAAAUAAUAUUGGUAAAAUAAUAAAUAGCAGAGUAACUGCAGAUUAAGUGAUGUAAUUGAAAGUUGUACGCCCCAGUGUAGGCUAGAAAGUCAAUUCUAGCGCUACGAUAUGAUUCUUACCCAAUGUUUUCUUCUCACACUAUUCAAAUCCCACAAUUGAAUAAACUGCCUAGGAAACUCUUAGCCUAUAGAUCACAUAUUGCAAAAAAAUAAUCUGAAUUAAAAACAUUUUAAUUUCUGUG